AUGGCAGGUGUGUGGCGAGAGUGCCCGCAACGCUUUCUGUGCUGUGAGACCGCCAGGGACCUGUUUGGAUCUGGAUUGACGACGCCGGGGCAUCAUUUAGGUCCCGCGGGUGCAGUCGACAAGAAGGACCUGCAGGACGACCCAGAGGGUUCUCAGGUGGCGAUCAUUGACAUCGAUGUCCACCAUGGCAACGGCACAGAAGCCAUUGUGCGGAAUUUGAAGUAUACUCCGGAGAUGCCGAAGGUUGCCCCGAUGCCCAAGUUGGGUUUUGGCGUCGGCGACAAGAAGGGCAGUAUGACCUUUGGCGGAGCUGCUGUGAGGCCAUGGUUGGAUGGGAACGACGUUGACAACGUUUUCUUCGCGUCCGGGGCGCCUGGUGCGGACAAGUUGAGACAAACGUCCAUUCACGGCUUCGGUGGUGGCUUCUAUCCAGGUACUGGGGGAAGCUGCAGCCGAACGGCUCCAAGGAUCAUCAACGCGCCCUUGAAGAAGGGCUCAGGACCUGCGGAAUUCCGACGUAGCAUGAGGCGUGACAUCCUCCCACAGCUGCAGGAGUUUCAUCCAGAUUUGAUCUUUAUCGCCUCCGGCUUUGAUGGGCAUGAGGAUGAUUUGAUUGGAUGUUGUGAGUUGAGUGAAGAGGAUUACAUUUGGGCCACGCAGCAGUUGAUGGCCGUUGCCAACCGCUGCUGCAACGGACGCCUGGUGUCCGUCUUAGAAGGCGGCUACAACACCCGUGGUGAGGCUCUGUCGCCAUUUGCAUCUGCGGUGGCCAGCCACGUGCGUACCUUGAUGUAUACCAGUCUGAACUACACCUACUCUGAUUGGGAGGGAUCUGGGCUCAAGCUGUCGAUUCUGAGACUUCUCUCCCAUUCCAACAUCAUGGCCCCUGCAAUGAAGGUGAUGAAGGCAAAGAAGGUUGCCAUGAAAGCCAUGAAGGGUCAGAAGGCCAUGACCAAGGGAGGCCUCACCGGUUCGUUGGCUGACGCCACGGAGAUCAAAAAAGCUGACAUCGCCAAGGUCUUGAACAGUCUGGCAGAGAUUGGCACAGAGGAGGUGAAGAAGUCUGGCAAGUUCAUUCUUCCAGGGCUGUGCAUGAUCAAGACUCGCCAGAAGCCAGCAACCAAGGCUGGCAAGAAGUUGAUGUUCGGCAAGGAGGUGAUGGUGAAGGCCCGGCCUGCCAAGACCGUCGUGAAGGCAUUUCCCGUUGCAGCCCUGAAACGUGAGGUUUGAGGCCAUGGUUCUUUAGGCCGUGGCACAGCCAAAGAAGACUAGUGGCACCUUGGGGGAUUGGAGCACAACUAGUUUUUGGAGGCUCAGCUUGAUGUACACUAUCGACCGCCGUCCCGCUUGAUACGAUUUCGGAGUGG